AUGGCGGGAGAUGCACCAGAUAGAGGCUCGCCUCUGCCACCCAAGCCCAAUGCCACCAAUCCACCCUCCGAACACAGCCAGGAAGACGACUGGAAGCACUGUCCGCCGUAUAGGAUCCAGUCACCUGAAGAGUUCGGGCCCGUGAAGUGGCGUGCCAAAUGCCAAUGUGGUCAGGUCUCCUACAGAAUCAGUCGCGACAAGCCGCUCAAGGCCAAGUACUGUCAUUGUCGGGGAUGCCAAGUCAUGCACGGUGCUCCAUUCCAAUGGGCCGCCAUCUUCCACAAGUCCGACCUCACCUUCGACAAGGGAGCCAGUGGACUCUCGUUCUAUUCCUCCGCCCACCGCACCCGAGACUACGAAGUCCCGACCAAGGUCUCUUGUUCAUUCUGCCGCACGCCCCUCCUGGACGAGGGGCGGAAUGUAUGUCUAAUUUUCCCGGAGGCGAUUCAAGUCGGCGAGUCCGACGAGGAACACCAGAAGUGGAGGGAGGCGUUUGCACCAGAUGGUCAUAUCUUCUACGGAGAACGAUGUAUCGAAAUCCUGGACGGCAAGACGAAGUGGGCCGAGAUGGAUGAGGAUAGCGAACAGUUGGAUGACCAUGGGAAUAAGAUUUAG